AUGUCACCAGAUAUUGGAGCGACACGAGCCUUUGAUUGUGCGGAGUACCAGAUCAUCUUCGCCAUCUCCAUCUCCAUCUCCAUCUCCAUCUCCAAACUUCACUUCAACCUCACGAUCAGGUUGAUCCCAACCUCAACCUCUUUUCUCUUCACGCGAACAUUUUGA